CCGCCCCGCCCCGCCCCGCCCCGCCCGCGGGACUACACUUCCCAGGCGCCCCUGCGCGGCGAGCGCGGCCGCAGCUUCCAGCUGCCGGUUGGGACGCGGGGCCCGAGGCGCAGGCGGAACGCAAUGGCUGCGUGGGGCGAGCGGCUGGCCGGCGUGCGCGGGGUGCUGCUCGACAUCUCAGGCGUGCUGUACGACGGCGGUGAGGGCGGCGGCGCGCCGAUCGCAGGCUCUGUGGAGGCGCUGGCGAGACUGAAGCGGUCCCAGCUGAAGGUGAGGUUCUGCACCAACGAGUCGCAGAAGUCCCGGGAGGACCUGGUGGGGAUGCUUCGGCGUCUGGGCUUCGACAUCUCAGAGGGCGAGGUGACCGCCCCGGCCCCUGCCACCUGCCUGAUCCUGAAGGAGCGAGGCCUGCGGCCACACCUGCUCAUCCACGAUGGAGUCCGCUCGGAAUUUGAUCAGAUCGACACGUCCAACCCAAACUGUGUCGUAAUUGCAGAUGCAGGAGAAGGCUUUUCUUAUCAAAACAUGAAUAAAGCUUUCCAGGUGCUCAUGGAGCUGGAGAAUCCUGUGCUCCUCUCACUGGGAAAAGGACGCUACUACAAGGAGACCUCUGGCCUGAUGCUGGACGUUGGUCCCUACAUGAAGGCGCUUGAGUAUGCCUGUGGUAUCGAAGCCGAGGUGGUGGGGAAACCUUCCCCUGAGUUUUUCAAGUCUGCUCUGCGAGAGAUGGGGUUGGAAGCCCACCAGGCCAUCAUGAUCGGAGACGACAUCGUGGGUGACGUCAGCGGUGCCCAGCGGUGUGGGAUGAGAGCGCUGCAGGUGCGGACCGGGAAGUUCAGGCCCAGUGACGAGCACCACCCGGAAGUAAAGGCUGAUGGGUAUGUGGACAACCUUGCGGAGGCUGUGGACCUGCUGCUGCAGCACGCGGACAAGUGACAGGCCUUCUGGGAGGGCCCCUAGCCUCCUGCCACCCUCCCCUGUGCCCAGACCAUCCGAGGCACUGCCCUCUGCCCUCUGCCCUGGACGGGCAAGCGAGAGAGGGUGCCAGCCAGGCGGUUCUGGGCUGCCCUGCCCCUGAGCCACCAGCCCCUCCUCUGUCUCCCUCUGCCGACCCCCCUUCCCUCCUCCUCUCCGGUCACAUCUCCCAGCCUCCUGGGCAAAGUUUGAUCCCCACCUGCUGGCCCAUCCCCUGCCUGUGCUUCCCUAGUGAAGUCAAGAGGUGGGGCACAUCUGUUGAAUCCCCAAACCCAUUCUCUCUCCCGUCGGCCAGUCCUUUCAAUGCGCUACCGAAUCGGACUCGGGCGUUUGCCCACUGCCUCUUAUCAAACCGCACUUGAGUUUUAGGGAGGCGCCUGGAGAAAGCGGGGACCCCCGAGCAUAGUCCUUGCAGCCAGAGCCGAGCCAGCCUCCCCGGGACUGCCCAGCGGCCCCUGCCCUCACCUGGUGUCAGAGGGACCGCUCAGCGCUCCCCACGAACCCCCCAAACAAUGCAGCCCGCCUUUCCUAUCCCAAGUCACCUCUGGAGCCCAAAUGGAGCGGCUCCCAGGGGCACUUUAAAGACUGCCGUCCUUCAGAGCGAGAAUUGUAACCUCUGGAAUCCGGGUGGCAGGUGGAGGGUAGCUUCUGGAGCCUUAACUCGAUAGACUUGAAUGUGUCACAUCCCGGAAACUAACGGUUAAAUCAACUCUGCCCUGACCUGCAGCGACUCUGGCUCUGACUGCGCGGGGCGGGCGGCGGGGAGGAGGCACCGUCCCUGAUCCUGCCCUGGACUUGAGCCCCUGCACAUCAGGGGGCCAGGGCCCGGAGACACCUCGCCUGCCUCAAACCCUUUGUUUAAUGGAGGGGGAAACUGAGGCCCCACGGGACCAGGUGGACGGGGCAAGCGUGGGCCUUCCCUCACGCAGCGGCCCAAGGUGGCGGGCGGUGAGCCGCGGGCUUCCCAGAUUCACUCACAGCCCGAGUUUCAGGUUUCAGCCUCAAUCAGCAGAACAGAUAACUUGAAUGCUCUGUUUCUCCCCAAAUCCAUCCAGAACCCACUGACAAAUCUUGGGAGACUCCUCAUGAAAAGAAGUCGUGAGUCUUCCGCAACAGGAUUUCCAUUAAACGAAGGCAGAUGAUGAUAAAACGCUUGGCCCUGAACCUGAGUCCCCAGCACGGGAGCCCAGGGCCGGCGGGGGGCUGUGCGGUCCCCAGGCCUUGCCCGCCAGGCCGGCCGCCGUUAAAUCAGGAUUACGAAGAAAUGGUGGUGGCUGAGUCUUUCCAUCAAGACGAGAGGCCACCGGCCAGGCUCGGGUCAUUGGCUUGCGAGGGAGGAGGGGCGUUUGGCCUGUUAGCUGGAAAAUACGCAGAUGGGCCGCUCCUGGAUGGAGUCCCCUAAUCCCAGCUCGUCAGUGACCAGCGCGGCGCGGGCAGCAGGCACCGGGGCUUGGGAGGCGACUGUGCGCGGACGGGCCUGCAGCCUUGUGUUGGGUUUGUUCCCUCUUGUCUUUCUUUCCUUGUUCGUGGGCUGCCCUUGCCUGCUGUCCUCGGCAGGGGCUUGCAGGCAGGGCAGUGUGGUUCUGGAGGAAGGAGGCCGGGGGUCCCGCUCUCCAUGGACAAGCGGAGCCUCCCCUUGCGAGCUGCUGCCCGGGAGUGAGGACGGAGAGGGACUCAGAGGGGCAGCAGGCGCAGACCCCUGCUUUGGGCGGAGAACACGCUGCCCCCCUGAUCUGUGGGUUCUGUGGACACUGUCAUCUCCCCAUUUUACAGAUAAGGAAACUGAGGUGCGGAGAAGACUUGCCUACGGGCUGACGGCUGGCAAGGGCAGAGCCGAGGCUCAAAUCAAGGUCUGACCCUGCACCCCAUGCCCUUUCUAGUCCCUUCCACGAUCCCUCCACAGGGGAUGACCUGCGGUGGCCCCGGUGGCUAUGACUUUCCAGGCGAGGAGCGCCCUGGCAUCCUCCCAGUGGAGAUGAAACGUGCCUCGGGAUUGAGGUCCAGCCCUACUCUGGGGGCGCCAUGUACCCCCGAGCCUCAGCUAUCUCAUCCUUCCCUGAGCCCUGCCGGGGACCAGGCCCGGCCAGGCCAGGGUGCCCCGUCGCCCCACUGGGGACGCUGACCCCUGUCCUGCUGCCGCGCUGGGGGCUGCCCAGAAGUGAGGAUGACCUGCCUCACCCCUGGGUCCUUCCAGCUGUCGGGCCCUGGCCUGAUGCCCGCCCCCAAGCAGGACAGUUCUCAGGCCAGAGAUCGACGGAGCCACAGGCCACGGGUCGGGCUGGAGUUCAGGGCUGGCAGUGGCCUGAGAACCUGUCUGUGGUCAGGAGACGCGCCCCAGAUCUGCCACAGGCCCAGCAGACGCUCCAGGCUCUGGGGGCACCCAGCAGAGCUGCUGGAAGGGGUAGGGACGGGUGGGGCGGAGAAGAGGGCAGGACGGGGGCACAAGGGCCUCACCUACCCCCAGAUCUCCCAACUCAAGCGUCCACACGGUACCAGCCCUGCGUGAAAACCCGAUUCAAACUGGGUUAAUCCAGCAAGAGUUUAUCAUCUACGAGGCUUCCAAGUCCAGGCCUGGCUGGAUCCGGGUCCCAAGAAAGUCCCAGGCUGACCCUGGGGCAGGGCAAUGGCGGCUCCAGCCAAACUCGCACGGGAGAGGAGAGGGGCGUGGCACCAGGAGGACAUCCACACCAUCCUCUCGCUGCCCUGCCGGGAGCUGGGAGCCAGGCUGAGGGAUCCGAGUCCUCACCGGCAGGUGUGUGCCCACUAUGGGGCCCAGACAGCUGCGGCGCUUCUCUCCUCCUCAGAUCAGGUGAACGAGGUCCCUGCAAAGGCCUGGCCUACCCACUGGGCCACGCCUGCCCCUCUCAGGGAAGCAGGCGGGCAGUGGCACGAAGAAGGGGCACAGGGGUGGGGACGCUGGGAGGGACACGCGUGGGUGCCUGCUGGGUGCUCACGGUGCCACCUCCCACCCAGCGUGAGUAUCCACUAGGUCCCGCUUUCCCGCUCAGAACUGUCCCGCUUUAGAUGAUCAACAUACUGGACACUUUGUAUCAUCUCAUUUUUUCUUAAGUUUUGAUUUUUUUAAAAAAUAAGAUUAUAAAAGCAAUAUGUUUUACUAUAGGAACGUUAACAGAAAAGUUUACAAAGGAACCACCCAAGUCACUCAGAGCCUGACCACUGUUAAUAUCUGGAUGCAUUUCCUUUCACCCCUCUUUCCACGUGGAGAUAAAUGUUUUAACACAGUCUGGAUUGUACUGUCUGUCUAGUGUGGUACUGGGGUGGGGGUUUGGUGUUGAUUCUCUCAUUUAAGCCCCGAGAGUCUUACAAGCCCUGUCUGCAUAUGAGGAGGCUGCCUGGAGCCAGCGUAUGUCCUGGUGGCCCACAGACGGUGCCCGUGUCAGCUGCAGGCGGUCCACAGCGGGGCCAGGUCCAGAGACCUGCAGCCGGACCCAACGGCAGGGCAUUUGAGCUGCUGCCCAGUGAGCCCCAGAGCCUGUGCCCGAGACGGUGUCCUCCCCCUGCCACAGGGGAGGCACCACUGGGUGAGCUGAGCCGGGGAGAUUCUGCUCCAUCCGGGCCAUGCCCCGACAGCAGGGCCGGCACCAGACCCAGAUCCAGACCCGAGCACGGCCAGGGUUGUCACCUGAGGGGGGCAGGUAAGGAGCUAUCAGGGCUGUAGGUCCAUCCGGGGCCACUCUGUGGAAGCCUCCCCUGCCAGUCAUGGGGGACGUGAGGCUGGGUCCCGGGGCCCCUGGGCUUCGGGGCUGCAAGGCUGCUCCUCUCACCCCCACCCUCAGCCAUAGCAGCCUUGCUUCACCUGCUUCGUGAACUUUUUGUUUGAAUAAGGAACGGCUGCUAAAGCGAAAACAAGAACAGCCUGGACGGGGUGCUCUUCUGUCUCGUUCCCAAAGAGCGCAUCCCCUCAGGACCUAAUAGAUCUCCAGGCAAAACCUCUGCGGUCAGAUGAUGUGGGCCAACCUUGGGUUAUAGAAAUGACAGAAGCCUCCCUAAGCCUGUCCUCGAGGCUGCAAACAUCCUGGUCUCCUGAGCUUGGUUAGCGAGGGGUCCCUGACUUGGGGGCCAGGCACAGGGACCGUGUGCCCUGGAGCCCACUCUGAGCUGAGCUGUGAGCGCUGGCGACCCCUCGGCACGAGCAGCACAGAUCCGAGCCGUGCUGCCCUCCGAGGAGCGUGGGGUCCCAGCCUGCGCCCCCUCCCUGGCUACCCUGGUGGGCGGGGGGCCCCGCAGGCCCACAGGGCUCCAGGUCAGGCGCCCUGCAGCAGUGCACCCUGGAGCAACUGCUGCGAGGCCUUGCCUGGCAGGCAUCUCCACCCGGAACACACAGGUACUGCCUGCCACGGUGCUGGGCGCCCCCGGGAUCACAGCCGUGGCAGUGGCCAGCACCCCCGUCGUGGUCGCUCACAGCCUCCUGCACCUGAGCCUCUCGACAGCUCUGAGAUGUCCACUAGCCCCGUUUUACAGACCUGACCCUGAGGCUCGGAGGGGACAGAAGGGCCCAGGC